GAAUGGCUCUGGGUUCUUCUUUGCAUUUGCGCACAAACUAUGGGUGUUCACGUGUAAUAAGAGCAUCGUUAACUGCUCAUAUACCUGGUCAUCAGAUAAAUAGACAAGUCUGGGAAUUAUGGACAUGAGUUCUGUUGCUGAACAGGUUCGCGAUCCGAGUAAAGGCACUGAUUUGGGUGCGAGAAAUUUCGCUGGCGAAACUUCGCAGGGUUGUUGUCGCUUCGGACCUUUCUCCACGCACACAUCUCCUUUUUAUCACACGUUUUAGCGCUUCGAGUCCGUUUUCAGGCGCGUUUUUUUUUUUUUUUUCCCGAAGAAUCUGUUCGCAGGUUUUACGCUUAACGAUGAACACAUUCCGGGUGCUUUUAAUCACAAUACUUUAUGUUCUGAGCACCGGGACGUCGGAAAAGGACUUCAUGGAGGACAUCAUCCGACACUAUGGACAAAACAUCUCAGUGUCCCCUUCUUCACACGUGGAGCUGCUGCUCCGGGCUCUGGCCGACGGGAAGCCACCUGUCCACUUGGAUCAGAACGCAUCCGUGCGUUCAAAGUGCCGGUCGACAGCGGACAUCCUGGAGGAGCAUGGAAUCCCCAACCAUAGCCAGCUGAGUACAGACCAGCUGCUCAGUGUCUGCCCCACACUCCUGAGCCAAGCCAACCUGCCCGCGUGUCCCCUCAAUGAUGUGCUCAAACACAACACCACCGAUUACAAAGUGUGGGGAUACGGUGUUCUGGCGGUGACGAUCAUUAACCUGUUCUCCCUGCUGGGCCUGGCGCUUAUCCCCUUCACCAAGAAGCCCUACUUCCCCAAGGUGCUCACCUUCUUCAUGGGCUUGGCCAUCGGAACGCUCUUUUCCAACGCCGUGCUCCAGCUCAUCCCUGAGGCCUUAGGGUUUGAUCCUAAAGUUGACAGCUAUGUUUCGAAAGCCGUUGGAAUAUUCGGAGGAUUUUAUCUGCUUUUUUUCGUGGAAAAAAUUCUGAAGAUGAUGUUAAAGACUGAAAACCAGCACGGCCACAGCCACUUCAGCCCCCCGGAGCCUUUUCCCGCAAACUCGCUCCAGAACGGAGACGUGGGAGGCAACGUGGAGGUCAUCGCUGUGACAAGCUUCGGCAGUGACAAGGCCAGCGUGACCUCGAUGGCCCUCACUGAGCAGGAGGAACAGCCAACAUUAAGGACCUGCCGCUGGUUGCAGGGGAGCCGCCUCACCAACGUGAAGACGGUGGCCUGGAUGAUCUCCCUGAGUGAUGCGCUGCACAACUUCAUUGACGGCCUGGCCAUUGGCGCCUCCUUCACCAUUUCCAUUCUCACGGGCUUCAGCACCUCCAUCGCCAUCGUCUGCGAGGAGUUUCCCCACGAGCUGGGCGACUUUGUUAUAUUGCUGAAUGCUGGGAUGAGCGUCCCUCAGGCCAUCUUCUUCAACCUGCUGUCGGCAAUGUCCUGCUACCUCGGCCUGGUCCUGGGCAUCCUGGUGGGCAGCAACUUCGCCCCCAAUGUCAUCUUUGCCCUCGCAGGAGGCAUGUUCCUCUACAUUGCGCUGGCUGAUAUGUUCUCAGAGAUGAACAGCAUCCAGAGUGAGCAGGAGAGGACCACAGGGACAAAGGUGAUCUUCUUCAUCAUCCAGAAUGCAGGUCUGCUGACUGGCUUCUCCAUCAUCCUGCUGAUCACCUUAUUCGCUGGGGACAUCAGUCUGGGAUAGAGACCCCAGCAAAGGAUGGAGGGCCAACCUCAGUCCCAACAAAACCCAAACCAGGCUGGUAGCUGCAGUGUGUUUGACUGUGGUUUGACAAAGAUUACCAUGGUGAAUGCUGAAGCGGUCUCUCUUUCUAAAAAGACAAAAGUUCUUAAUUGUUAAUCUGGGGUUUUCUCCAUCAUCAGCACCCACAAACUACCUGUGAUUGGGUCUAAUGAUAUGAGUGCUUAUCUGGAUUGCAGCUGAAUCCAUGUAUAAAUAAUAUCAUGUUGUCUGGAACCCCUUUCAGCUAAAAUCAUUCCAUUCCUCAAAUGUGCAGCAACUCCC